GAUAUUGUGGGCUGAUUACAACUCCAUGCUGAAAAUGUGCAAGAUGCUGCACAGCUAGCUGAGUUAUUUGGAGUUGUGUGCAAAACCAAUUUGACGCUCAGAGCCUAGUCGUGUUUAUUGGUCAAGCAAGGACGACUUCUCUUGCUGAAUGAGUGAACUCAAAAUCUCCCCAUCUUUAUGGCUCAACAUUCAUCUCGGCUUCAUCGUUUGCUCACAUUAUUGGAUACUGGUUCGACUCAGGCCACAAGAUUUGCUGCUGCAAAGCAAAUUGGGGAUAUUGCAAAGUCACACCCUCAAGAGUUGAACUCCCUUCUAAAAAAGGUUUCCCAAUAUCUCCGAAGCAAGAACUGGGAUACAAGAGUUGCUGCUGCUCAUGCUGUUGGAGCAAUUGCUGAGAAUGUCAAACACAUAUCUCUUAAGGAGCUUCUAAAAUCCCUAGAAGUAGAGUUGGCAGAAGUUGGAUUUUCUGAUGCCUCAAGAGAUGUUGGAGUGUCUUUUUCAAACAUAUGCCCUGACACUACCACAGGACUCUCCUUUAAAAGUUUCGACAUUAAUAAGGUGUUGGAAUUUGGAUCUCCAUUGUUGGCAUCAGGUGGACAGGAGUUUGAUGUUGCAAGUGAUAGUAGCAAGAAUCCCACAGAACGUUUAGCCCAUCAGAAGCAAAAUCUUCGCCGUCGUUUGGGUUAGCAUAAAUUUAAUUUUUAUGUUACUCUUUAUAACAUCUUGUAUUAGUAAAGUUGCCUACUAUUGUGAACAUGUGAGCUACCUCAAAACUAAUUGUUUUAAAUCUUAAGACUGUGCUUUAUUUAUACCUCCAGGUUUUU